AUGCCUCGAAAACUCUCUACUAUCAUGAAGCAGGAGCAUAAUGACGUGGGAGUGCAGUGGACGGGAUUAAGUCCCUUCCACGGGCCGGUGGAAGCCAUGGGGCAUAUGGGGCAUGUUGGCAAGCAGGCAUGUUGGCAAGCAGGCAUGUUGGCAAGCAGGCACGUUGGAAAGCAGGCAUGUUGGCAAGCAGGCAUGUUGGCAAGCAGGCAUGUUGGCAAGCAGGCAUGUUGGCAAGCAGGCAUGUUGGCAAGCAGGCAUGUUGGCAAGCAGACAUGUUGGCAAGCAGGCAUGUUGGCAAGCAGGCAUGUUGGCAAGCAGGCAUGUUGGCAAGCAGGCAUGUUGGCAAGCACGAGCUAA